AUGAGUCAAGAUGGGAAUAAGGACCUCUUCACACAUGAUGACUAUACCGUGGGAUGGGUCUGCGCGUUGCCCAAGGAGCUAACGGCCGCUACAGCCAUGCUGGAUCAUCAGCACCGCCCACUAUCGAAACCCCGAAACGAUAUCAACUCGUAUACUCUUGGUUCCAUUGGGCCUCACAAUAUUGCCAUUACUUGCUUACCAAAGGGUAUGAUUGGAAAUGUCCCAGCAGCAACAGUUGCCAGUCAUCUAGUCACGACCUUUCCCUCUAUCAAAGUCGGUCUUAUGGUAGGUAUUGGUGGUGGUGUUCCAUCCAACAAGAUCCGGCUGGGAGAUGUUGUUGUCGGGACAUCCUCUGGUGACUACCCGGGAGUGGUGAAGUGGGAUGCUGGCAAGGUACAUGGGCAGGGAAAAUUCGAACGAACUGGAUCACUUAACAAUCCACCCCAGUCACUGUUGACGGCUCUUACACAACUAGAGACGCAACACAACCUGGUCGGGUCUAAGAUACCGGAGUAUCUGGAAGCACUGAAAGACAAAUGGCCCAGACUUGCUGCUACAUCUCUACGGAGAGAGUCUCUCAAAGACAUAUUAUUCAAGUCAUCUUACGAUCACCUUGAUAACACUACUUCUAACACGGACGAUGAAGACCUAGAUGGCGAUGAGGAUGAGGACGAGGAGCAGGGUCCUUGUCGGCUUUGUGAUAGAUCCAUGAUUGUGAAGAGAAAGGACAGAGAGAUGCGCAUAUUCUUUGGUCUGAUCGCAUCAGGUGACAAGCUGAUCAAAGAUGCUGCAUCACGGAAUAAACUCAACAAAGACCUAGGGGGACAAGUCCUCUGCAUCGAAAUGGAGGCUGCGGGUCUUGUGAAUCACUUUCCUUGUCUUGUCAUACGGGGCAUAUGUGACUACGCCGAUUCGCAUAAGAACAAAGAUUGGCAGGAACACGCAGCUAUUGUAGCCGCAGCUUUUGCAAAGGAGCUCUUACAGUAUGUACAGCCAACCGAUGUGAAACGGGAGCGUCCACUGAAAGAUUUGUUGAACGAUGUCUACUGUGUUGUCUCCGAAACACGCGAUGAUGUCGCCGAGAUCCGAACCAAUCAGAAUAAGAAGGAUGAUAUCAAGAUUCUCGACUGGCUCACAGCAGUUGACUACGGCUUGCAACAGAGCGAGUUUCAGAAGGUUCAAGAGCCAGGAACUGGCAGUUGGCUUCUCAAUACCACCGAAUACCGAGAUUGGGUCAAGACACCUGGGCAAACUCUCUUUUGCCAAGGUAUCCCAGGUGUUGGUAAGACUAUCCUGACAUCAGGUCUGAUCGCACACCUAAACUUAGAGCUCGCGGGAGACUCUGCUGGCGGUUUAUCAUACAUCUUCUGCAACUUCCAGAGGCAGGAUCAACAAACCAGUGACGGCCUCCUUACAUGUAUACUGAAACAGCUUUCUGCCGGCUUGCCGUCCCUGCCAGAGUGCUUACGGUCUCUCUACACAAACCAUGCUAUCCAACGAACACGGCCAUUACCCAGAGAAAUAAUUUCUACUCUUGGGUCCGUGAUCUCUGAACACUCGAGAGUAUUCAUCAUAGUUGAUGCGCUUGAUGAAUACGGGAGUGUUCCUGGCGCAAGGGAGUCCUUUCUUGUGCAGCUUGCUCAAUUACAGGAAGAACUUGACGUCAAUAUCUUUGCCACUUCCCGAUUCGACACCACAAUCUCUUCUGAGAUCAGAUCCAGCUUCCUGAACAAUACGAGUCUAGAGAUCAAUGCAGUGAGGGAUGAUAUUGGCACAUACAUCGAAGGAAACUUCAACAUGUUGCCAUCUGACAUCCGGCAAAACAAGGAUCUUCGCCGGGUUAUCAUAGAGUCUGUUCAGGAGUCUGUAGACGGAAUGUUUCUUUUGGCGCGGAUUUAUCUGAACUUGCUCAGUUAUAAGGUGUCUGAAACAGAGAUACGAAACCAGUUAGCCAUGUUCAAGCGAGGCAGUAGGAAGGGCAAUGCUAAAGCCUUGUCAGAUGCUUACGAGCAAACCAUGGCCAGGAUCAAAUCCCAGGAAGCAGAUCACGCGAUGCUAGCUAAAGGAGUUCUCCUUUGGCUUACAUACGCAAGAAGUGAGUUGACCGUCGAGGAUCUGCAGUACGCCCUGGCGACGAGAUCCAAAUACCGUAUGGUUCGCACACAAGACUUACCCUUCGAGUCCACCAUGAUCUCUGUCUGUGCGGGACUUGUGACCUAUGAUGAGUCAAGUAAGAUUAUUCGACUCGUUCAUUAUACCACGCAAGAAUACCUUAGCCAAAAUCCCCAUGAACUAUUUGCGUUGACGGAACAAGACAUUGCAAGAACCUGCAUGUCACAUCUGUGGGUUGAAGAGAAUGAACGUUACCGUUUUCUCGACUUUGACCUCGCUACCAGAUCCUCGUAUCCAUUAUGGUGGUACAGCGCUGUGAAUUGGGGACACCAUGGGCGCGAUUCCUUACUUUCGAAUCGCGAGCUUAUUGAGUUUUUGGAUGAUGAGGCGACCGUUAGUCUUGCCAUGAGGAACGCCCUGCAGAAAUUCAAAGUUGGUUACUUCUUUAUGAGACAUCUUCAUAUAGCGGCAUAUUUCGGUCUGGCCGAGCUUGUUGAGUAUCUCCUUGAUAUGGGGGCAGCGGUAGACAUAACGGACCGGACCGGGAGGACUCCACUAUCAUAUGCGUCUGAACAGGGGCAUGAGGCUAUUAUGGUGGUACUCCUUGAAAGGGGAGCAAAAGUGGAUUGUCAAGAUGGUGAGAUUAUUCCUAAGUGGCAUUAUGAUAAUGAGAACGCAGGACGCACUCCAUUGUCAUUUGCUACGGAGCAAGGGCACGAAGCUGCAGUUCAUAUCUUGAUUGCUAAUGGCGCUUCUGCUUCAGUAAGGUCCAAAUCUGGACGCUCACCACUAUCUUAUGCUGUGGAGGACAAACGAGAGAGUCUGGUUAGGUUGUUCCUCGAGACGGAACCUGAGGAUAUCAGCAUUGAAGUAGGCCGUGCAGUUGACAACGAGCAUGAGGCUAUCGUCCGACUGUUGCUUGAGAAUGGCGCCGACGUCGAUUUCUCAAUAACCCCAGGUUUCACACCACUACUUCGUGCAACACGCGCCAACAACGAGGACAUAGCCAGGCUGCUACUGGAGAAUGGGGCAAAUCCAGAUCCUCUUCACAGUAUGUCUACACCACUUUUGUUUGCUGCAGCAAGAGGGUAUGAGAGAAUUGCGAGACUGCUUCUUGUGACUGGAAGAGUUCAGAUCGACCGACCAGAUAGAUUUGGGCGUACCCCUCUGUCCCAUAUGGCACAGCAUGGACACAAAACUACAGUGAAAACACUGCUUGAUAUGGGGGCCAACCCUAACACUACGGCAAAAGCGACUUUCGUUGGAGCACAAUUCUAUAAUGGAAGAACACCUCUUUCGUUCGCAGCAGAGAAGGGGCAUCAGGAGAUCGUUGAGCUUCUUAUCGCCAGUGGGGCAGACCCCAAUCUAAUAUCUACCGCUCAAGCCGAGAGUACCAGAUUGACACCAAUUUUAUAUGGGGCAAGAAACGGGUGCGAAGGUGUCAUUCGAACCCUCGUGGAAUCAGGCCGAGCAGACCCGGAUUCCCCUGAUGCCAAAGGGAGAACACCUCUUUCAUAUGCGGCAGAAAAGGGUAUGAAAUCUACCGUCAAACUGUUGCUGGAAAGGUAUAAGGCGGAUCCUGGUCAUAUGGAUGAGGAUGGGCACACCCCUCUUUCAUACACUGCCCAGAAGGGUCACGCUGAUGUUGUCUGUGAACUGCUGGAAACGGGCAAGGUUAGCCCUGAUUCUGCUGACGGCUGGGGUUUUACACCGCUUUGUCACGCUGCAUUAUGGGACCACAAACGCGUUGUGCUUUUGCUAAUUGAAAAGGGAGCGGAUAUUGACUAUAUCAUUCCCCAUGGGGACUGGAAAGGAAAGUCCGCUUUAGUAAUUGCUACAGAAUAUGGGCAUCAGACAAUCGUAGACAUUCUAAACAGGAAGGGGUAG